AUGUCAGACAAGUUCUUUGGCGGGCCUUUCUUCUAUGAGAAUUCGAUCAUUAGUGGAGCACUACUGGUGACCGUUCUACUUCUCGGACUUGUUCCCGUUAUCUUCGAUGUGUCAUCACUAUUUCUUCUUAAUCCAUCCAUGAUGUUGGAGCAGAACCAAUGGUGGCGGCUAGUAACGGGGUUUCUUGUUACAACGAAUCCAGACAUCCUUUGUCUCCUGGUGUACCUUCUUUACGUUGGAAGGGCCUAUGAAGCGGCAAGUGGACGCUGGGCCUGCGCAAAUCUGCUUUUGAUAGCAGCUCUGGUAUCCUGCGGUAUAGCCUCUGCCCUCUGCUUCUGGAGCUACUAUAGGUCGUACUACAUUCCUCAAUAUGCUUUUGGGCUGGGGGCGGCAUUUGGAACAGCCUCGAUCUUGACUAACAAGGGUAAGUGGCAGGCCCCAGUGUUUUCAAAGCUCAUGAUUUACAAUAGCACAGGAACCUAUGUGGCACUUGUUAUGGCUUUCUUGAACAGAUUUGCCCUUGAGUCUGCCCUGUUCACUGCUGGUGGAAUGUUGGCCGGCUUUUUGGUCGCCAAAAAGGUUCCGCCAUUUUAUAUGUGCUGCAAGUGUUCUCAUAGAAGAACAGCUCACGAUGUUGAUGCUGCGACGAAUCUGGUGGAGACUACUACUGAAUCUAUACUUCAGUAG